AUGAGGAUCGAGACGUGCUACUUCUGCUCGUCGCCCUGCUACCCGUCCAAGGGCAUCACUUUUGUGCGCAACGAUGCGAAAGUCUUCAAGUUCUGCAAGUCAAAAUGCCACAAGAACUUCAAGAUGAAGCGCAACCCACGCAAGCUGGCCUGGACCAAGGCCUUCCGCCGCGCCCACGGCAAAGAAAUGACCGUCGACUCCACCCUCGCCUUUGCCCAGCGUCGCAACAUCCCCGUGCGCUACAACCGCGACCUGGUUGCCACCACCCUCCAGGCCAUGCAACGAGUAUCCGAGAUCCGCGCCAGGAGAGAGAGGCAAUUCUACAAGAACCGCAUGAAGGGUAACAAGGCCAAGCAGCUCGAGGCCGACCGCAAACUGGUUGAAGAGAACCAGCACCUGCUGCCGCCACAGUACAGAGACCAGGUUGUGGAUGUGCUGCAGGAGGUGCCGCCGACCAAGGAGGGGAUGGACAUGGAAGAGGAUGAGCUGGAUCUGGAGGAGCAGGAGACAUUGAAGCCGAGCAAGGAGAAGCUCAAGCAGAAGAGGAAGCAGAGGUUGGUCAGAGGGCAGGGUGUCGAAGAGAUGGACGUCGAUGAAUGA